AUGACUACCUUUCACCUGGACAAUGAUACUGCAAAUGACGGUCAAGAGAGCCAUCCCGACUCCGGCCAGGCUCAGUCUGCGCAAGCAUCGCCCCAGAUUCGAGCCAAUACUGUCCACUUCGACCAUCCUGACGACUCCUGUUCAACGCCAACUUUGGAUUCCGUUUCCGAAGCACCAAAUGCAACAGUCUAUGAAGGCUACAAGUUCUUCAAAGCUGAUCCUAUGCCGGGCCAAAAGGCAACUUGGACUCGGGUGGAGCGUACUCAAAUGCACCUUAACCAAAGUGAGUUUUACAAGAUGGUCCGGAAACGAGCAAACAAGGUGUCUGCAGCGCAGCAGUAUCAAAACCUUUCAAACACUCGUCGUGCUCAUGUCAACCAGCUGAUCCAUGAGCAACGGCGGAAUGAUCCCAACGUUGAGUGGAGCUGUGUUUACGCCAAGGAGCGCGACCGACCUUCCAAGGCCCGCAACGCUCUCCGCGAUGACUACGAGACAGUCUCCAUGGACAUUAUCCUUAUGAAGAGGCCCAUGAAGACGAAGACCUACCCAAGAACACCGAUGGGUGAUUUGGUGGACCUUGGGAUUCCUUUCCGUCUUGAUGGGAAUGAAGUACAAAAGACGGCUAAUUCGAGCUGCGAAGCCAUGCCUAAAGAACGACUCCCGGAGCUGGCUGCAUCCGGCUGUCAUUCUCUGCCUCCUAAUCCAUGGUCUCAGAAAGACUGGCCUCGCGUCCCGGGUCAAACAAAGGGACCGACUCGAGUGGUUCAAGGCCCGCUCCCUCGCCCUGUUUCGCUCACCACUCCUUUUACUAGGCUUGACUUGGGUCAGACCACUAGUGAUCAGGAUGGAGGCUGGUCAUCCGAAGCUUCCAGCGGGAAGGACGACGAGUCUAUGAUAUUUGAUCAUUCUCAAUCUGACGUGAGCUCCAUGAUUGAGGACGAAGGUAGUAUGGAUUGUGAAUGCGAGGAGCCUCAAACUGCACAAGAGAAUACCUACCAACAGCGGUCUCGCAGCCCGACUCACCGUAACGGCGGCUAUGGCUUUCACUACCGCAAGAAGUCGAGAGGCCUUAAUAUGGAGAGGAAGGAAAGAUAUAAUUCUUGGAGGCACUACCACAUCGACAUGAUGGGUGCCAAAAAUAUUUUGCCGGCCAAGCGGGCCCGGGGCUCUGGAGCAGGAAACGUAGAUCCUAAGGUCUGGGAGAAGAGAUAUCGGUUUCAUCGAAUGGAUGGUGAGGAGUUGCGCAGUCGGCUUCUUGACUGUGAGGCGCGGAUUGAGCAGUGGGAAAGAGCAUUUGAGCAUCAAACACGGACACUGAAGCAAAUUAUUGAAGAAUCACGACAGCUGCAGCGGUCCCGAUCUUUCUGGGACUUCUCUCGGAUACCCCACUACGGAUUUGAGUGCCCGAAGGGUGGGAAUACUGAAUAG